CGCUCAUACCACCAAAAUGCCUUUUGCCCCCUCUCUCUCCCCCCUCUUCCUGUCUCUCUAACUUUCCCCUUAGAAACUCAUAUUUGGCUUCAGCUAGGGUUUCCUCUUUAAAAACAACAGAAGAAUCCCAAUAAUUUAAAAUCUUCUUCAGAUUCAUCUCCCCAAUAAAGAGAGAAACAAAGAAGAUUAAACCAUUCUGAGUAGAUAUCAUCAAGGGGCACUUUUUCUUGUUACUCCAUCAGAAGGGGAAGUUAACCAAAUAUGGCAUCAUCGUAUUCAAACUACAUAAACUCACCGUGCGCGGCAUGCAAAUUCCUCCGGCGGAGAUGCACAUCAGACUGCGUGUUCGCGCCAUACUUUCCUCCAGACGAACCUACAAAGUUUGCGAACGUCCACCGUAUCUUCGGGGCAAGCAACGUGAGCAAGAUUCUCCACGAGGUGGCGCCACAUCAACGAGAAGACACGGUGAACUCGCUGGCUUACGAGGCCGAGGCACGGCUAAAUGAUCCAGUGUACGGCUGCGUUGGGGCCAUCUCGGUGCUCCAAAGACAGGUCUUGAAGCUGCAAAGGGAACUGGAGGAGACAAAUGCUGAUCUCAUGAGGUACGCUAGUUCUCUUGGCGGUGAAAUGACGUCGAAUUAUGGAGGACAUAGAGGUUGACUGGUCAAUUAGUCAUCAUCAGUCUUUGGAAGAAUUAGCGGCGGAGAAGUAUAAAGAGACAGUGAAUGGUUGAUGUGAUGAGUGAGGAUAUCUUCGUAUGUGUGUGUAUGUUUUUUUCUACGUUUAUACUUAUACACAUGUGUAAUUUGAAUUGUAUUACAUGGGAGGUCAAAGGAUGCUUUUGAAUAUGUUGAAUAAGUAAUUGAUGUAUGUAUGUAUGAAUGUACGCGGUUGUGUUGGGGGCUUAAUAAUAAUGUUCAAGUCAGGAUA